AUGGGUAGUGUUAAGAGACCAUCUUCCGAAUUGGUCAACGACUAUUCUAAUGGGAAUACUAAACUUAAGAAGGUUAUUGAUGAUGGAAAUAAAUUAGAAGUUGAAUCCAAUUCUGAGAAGGAUCAAGAAAAGGAAAAUGAGGAUGACAAUGAAGAUUUUGACAACGACGACGACGAUGAUGAUGAUGAGGAUUCUGAUGAUGAUGAUAUAAAAACAAAUAAAGGAAAAAGUGCAUCUACUACAGCUAAUGAUAUUCAUAUUGCUAGAGAAACAGCAGAAUUGUUUAAAUCAAAUAUUUUCAAGUUACAAAUCGAUGAAUUACUAGAACAAGUUAAAUUAAAAGAAUCUCAUGUUCUAAAAGUUGAAAAAUUUUUACAUAAACUUUAUGAUAUGAUUCAAUUGGUGCCUGAAUGGGAGGAAAAAUCAUUAAUUGAAGUAGAUACUUUUUUUAAAGAUAAAAUAGUCACAGUUCCAUUUGUAGAUCCAAAACCAUUACCAAGUACAACAAAAUAUAAAUUUAACUAUAAAGUACCAUCCGUCUCUUUGAUAGGUUCAUUUGCAUUAAAAGCGGGUAUUUACCAACCUCAAGGUUCCGCUAUUGACGUUCUUUUAACUAUGCCAGAAGAUUUAUUCGAAAAGAAAGAUUUCUUGAAUUUUAGAUGCUUGCAUAAAAGAAGCGUCUAUUUGGCUUAUUUAACACAUCAUUUAUCAAUCAUGUUAAAAAAGGAUAAUUUAGAUUCUUUCAUAAAAUUGGAAUAUUCAUAUUUAAAUAAUGAUCCAUUAUUGCCUAUAUUAAAAUUAUACUGUGAAAAAUUAAACGAAUCGAAAUCAAACAGUUCUGACUAUAAUUUCUACAAGACUAAGUUUUCCAUUAAUUUGAUUGUAGGUUUCCCAUAUGGAUUAUUUGAUCCAAAAAAAUUAUUACCAAACAGAAAUAAUAUUAGGGUAACAGUGGAAAAUAAAGAACACAUCUUACCAUCUACUCCAUUGUACAACUUCUCGGUAUUAUCAUCAUCAACACAUGAACAUUUUUUGAAGUUCUUAUAUAAAACAAAAAAGCAAACUGAAUCGUUCAAUGAAGCUUGUAUAUUAGGUAGAAUCUGGUUGCAACAACGUGGUUUCUCUUCGAAACUAGCCCACUCAGGAACAUUAGGUGGAUUCGGGACAUUCGAAUUCAGUAUUUUAAUGGCAGCAUUACUGAAUGGUGGUGGUUUGAAUGGUAAUAGAAUUAUUUUGCAUGGUUUUUCAUCAUAUCAAUUGUUCAAAGGUGUAGUGAAAUAUUUGGCAACAAUGGAUAUCUGUUCAGAUGGUUACCUCCAAUUUCAUUCUGACACCGAAUCCAAGUCAAGCUCUAAAUACGUCAAUGAACGUUUCCAAAUCCCAACAUUAUUUGAUAAAGUUACCAAAGUAAAUAUUUUAAACAAAAUGACAGUCUCAUCAUAUGAAAUACUAAAGGCCUAUGCUAAAGAAACAAUGAUUAUGUUGAAUAAUGUCGUUCAAGAUCAAUUUUCGAAUAUUUUUUUAACUAAUAUUAACAGAUUGGAUAAUAUAAAGUUUGACCUAUGUUAUAAUAUUAGCAUCGCAUCAGGUAACAGUAAUGUAAUCUCGCAAUUAAUUUCUAAUUUUGGCUCUCUAGAGAGAGUUAAAUUUAUCACCCUAGAGAACUAUUUAGUGCAUAAAAUUUCAAGUAUUGUUAAAUUUGGGUUAGGUGACAGAAUAAAAUUAAUUGAAGUAGAACUGGUUGGUCAGAAAUUUACAUUUCCAGUAAGUAAAAGAAAGGUUAUCCUAAACAGUAGUAAAAACUUAAACUUUGAAUGCAUCAAAGUAAAGUUAAUUACGAAUGGUUCAGAAAGUGAAAAAUUAGUUACUAAGGGCCCAGCCCAUUCUGAGGAACCAACAACUGAAGCAGUAGCGUUUAAAAGUUUCUGGGAUACUAAAUCGUCCUUGCGUCGUUUCAAAGAUGGUUCGAUUACUCAUUGUUGUAUCUGGACUACCUCAUCUUCCGAACCAAUUAUUUCAACUAUCAUGAACUUCAUUUUGAAAAAACAUAUUGCUGAUGGUUUACAAGUCACCAAUGAUAUUACAAAAGAAUUCCAAAAUCUAUUACCGUUACCAAAUCUUCCAUCAAGUUCAAAGACUUCAGUUUUGAAUCUUUCUAGUUUCUAUAACCUAAAGAAGUCUUUUGACGAAUUGUACAAGAUUAUUUUCAAAAUGGAUUUGCCAUUAUCAGUCAAAUCUAUUCAGCCGGUAGGCACUUCUUUCAGAUACACUUCAAUGUGUCAACCGGUACCUUUUGCAUAUUCAGAUCCUGAUUUUUUUCAAGAAGUAAUUUUAGAGUUUGAAACUUCCCAAAAGUGGCCAGACGAAAUUUCAUCUCUUGAAAAGUCAAAAACUGCAUUUUUAUUAAAGAUUCAAGAACAAAUAACCACAAGCACAGGAGGUAGAUACAAAUCAUUUUUCAAUCGUGAUGAAUCAAUUCCAUACAAUUUAGAAAUUGUCACUUUGAGUAUUCUAACUCCAGAGGGGUAUGGUUUCAAAUUUAGAGUUUUAACAGAACGUGAUGAAGUAUUAUAUUUAAGAGCAAUUUCUAAUGCUAGGAAUGAAAUUAAACCAGAGCUAGAGAAGACAUUUUUAAAAUUUGUAGCAAAAUAUCAAGCUUCCACCAGACAUACAAGAACAAUUGAAAAUUUGUCUCAUUCAUAUGAAUAUUACUCUCCUGUCGUCAGAUUAUUUAAAAAAUGGUUAGAUGCACAUCUGCUACUAGGUCAUUUGAAUGACGAAUUAGUCGAAUUAAUUGCAAUGAAGCCUUUUGUUGAUCGUGCUCCUUACUUUAUUCCUGGUUCUGUAGAAAACGGAUUUUUGAAAUUGAUCAAAUAUUUAAGUCAAUGGAAUUGGAAAGAAGAUCCUCUGAUUUUAGAUUUGAUUAAACCUGAAGAAGACAUAGAAGACGCAUUCGAAACCAGUAUAGGCGCAAAUUCAGAAGUUGAUUCAAAGACUUUGAAGAAAUUAUCCGAAAAAUUGACAUUAGCUCAUUAUAAAGGCAUUCAAUCAAAUUUCAACAAUAUGAGAAAUGGUGAUCCAAAUGGGUUAGCUGUACAAUUUUUCGUAGCCUCAAAAAUUGAUCCAAGUGGUAUUAUGUAUUCUAGUGAUGUUCCAUUGCCAAUUGCUACAAGAAUAACAGCUUUAGCUAAGGUGGCAUUAGGUUUGAUUCAAGAGCAUGGUUUAAACAAACAAACAAUUAAAUUGUUAUUUACACCUGCAGUUAAAGAUUAUGAUUUUGUCGUUCACUUGAAAACCCAUGUGCCGUUAAAAAGUUCAUGUGGUAUUAUUGAACCAACUGAAUUUAAGAACUUGUCAAAUGACAACGCUUCUCAAUUCCCAAAGAAUCUAGACAAAUUGAGCGAGAAAAUGGACCCUACCUAUCAAUUAGUAAAAUAUUUGAACAUGAAAUACAAGAAUACAUUAAUUUUUUCAAGUCACAGGUAUAUUGGUGUUAAUGGUGGCGAUAAAGGUGACAGGAAUGUGAUCACAGGUUUGAUAAAGCCACUAUACAAGAAAGCACAAAAAUUUAAGGUUACAAUGAAUGCCAAUGUUAAACCAAUUGAUAAGGAAAACGUAACUAUGAACAAAGCUUCAAUUUUCCAUGAAAUUGCUGCUUUUGGUAAUGAUUUAGCUGUUGAUUUUGAAACUUGA